GCAACGGUAGCUAGCUAGCGGCGGGGAGAGUGGCGAUAGGCCAUGUCUGGUCCAGCGGAUGAGACGGCUGGAGACCUGCCUGUGAAAGAUAUAGGCCUAAACCUCUUUGGAAUGGGCGGGUUACAAGAAACGUCAGUAUGGACAGCCAAGUCUCGUCAAGCAGUAUCACGUAUCAGUCGUGAAGAACUGGAAGACAAGUUUUUACGUUUGCAUGAUGAAAACACAUUACUUAAACAGCAUGCCCGCAAGCAAGAGGAUAAAAUUAAAAGAAUGGCCACCAAGUUAAUACGGCUAGUUAAUGACAAGAAAAGAUAUGAACGGGCUGGUGGCGGCCCCAAGCGGCUGGGACGAGACGUGGAAAUGGAAGAAAUGAUUGAACGACUGCAAGAGAAAGUUCAUGAGCUUGAAAGACAAAAUGAAGUGCUCAAAAACCGACUGAUUUCAGCCAAACAGCAACUUCAAAUCCAAGGUCACAGACAAACUCCCUAUAAUUAUGUGCAAUCCCGUAUUAACACCGGGCGUAGAAAAGCAAGUGAAAGUGCAGGCUUCCAGGAAUGUCCCAGGAAAGGUAAUAAAGUCCAAGGUGGAGACAUAGCAGAAACUCUACACUCGGUGCCUACAAAAUAUAGCAGCAAUUUACUUGAAGAGGCCAAAGGAGAAAUAAGAAAUUUAGAAAAUGUUAUCCAGUCACAGAGAGGCCAGAUAGAAGAGUUAGAGCACUUGGCUGAGAUCCUGAAAACUCAGUUGAGGAGAAAAGAAAAUGAAAUUGAGUUAUCUCUUCUUCAACUUCGAGAGCAGCAGGCUACAGAUCAAAGGUCAAAUAUUCGGGACAAUGUAGAAAUGAUUAAGCUACAUAAGCAACUCGUGGAAAAAAGCAAUGCUCUUUCAGUUAUGGAAGGAAAAUUUAUUCAGCUUCAAGAGAAGCAAAAAACUCUGAGGAUCAGCCACGAUGCCCUCAUGGCCAAUGGAGACGAGCUGAACAAGCAGCUUAAAGAGCAACAUUUAAAAUGCUGCAGCCUGGAGCAGCAGCUGCACGCCAAGACGUUUUCUGAAAGGAGAAUCGAGGAGCUGCAGGAUAGAAUUACCGAUUUAGAAAAGGAACGGGAAUUGUUAAAGGAAAACUAUGAUAAACUUUAUAACAGUGCCUUCAGUGCUGCCCAGGAGGAGCAAUGGAAGUUAAAGGAACAGCAGCUGAAAGUGCAGGUCGCCCAACUCGAGACCGCCUUAAAGUCUGACCUAACCGACAAAACUGAAAUCCUUGACAGAUUAAAAAGUGAAAGAGACCAGAAUGAAAAGCUUGUUCAAGAAAAUAGAGAACUACAGUUACAGUGUCUUGAACAGAAGCAACAACUUGAUGAACUUAAAAACCGCAUGAAGUUUUACAACCAGGAGAGUGAUAUUAAUGCUGAUGAAUUGAGUGAAGCUCUCCUGCUUAUAAAGGCUCAAAAAGCACAAAAAAAUGGAGACCUGUCCUUCCUCGAGACAAUAGACAGUAAAAUUAUUAAAGACCGAGAGCACGGCAUGAGAGAACUGCAGGCAACUCACGCAGAGACAAUACAGGAACUGGAAAAGACAAGAAACAUGCUGAUUAUGCAACAUAAAAUUAAUAAAGAUUAUCAGAUGGAAGUUGAGGCGGUGACCCAGAAGAUGGAAAAUUUGCAGCAAGAUUAUGAACUCAAAGUAGAACAAUAUGUUCAUCUUCUCGAUAUUAGGGCUGCACGCAUCCAGAAGCUAGAAGCCCAGUUAAAGGAUAUUGCCUAUGGCACCAAGCAAUACAAAUUUAAACCAGAAAUUACGCCCGAUGACUCUGUUGAUGAAUUUGAUGAAACCAUUCAUUUAGAACGAGGAGAAAACCUAUUUGAAAUCCAUAUCAGCAAAGUAACCUUUUCUUCAGAAGCUUUCCAGACCUCUGGGGAUAAAGAGCUUGUCACUUUCUGCACCUAUGCUUUCUAUGAUUUUGAGCUCCAGACAUCUCCUCUAGUGCGGGGCCUCCAACCAGAAUAUAACUUCACUUCUCAGUAUCUCAUUCAUGUUGAUGACUUAUUUUUACAAUACAUCCAGAAGAAUACUAUCACCCUGGAGGUGCACCAAGCUUUCAGCACAGAUUAUGAAACAAUUGCAGCAUGUCAACUGAAGUUCCACGAAAUUCUAGAAAAAAGUGGUAGAAUAUUUUGUACAGCAAGUUUGGUUGGAACUAGAGGAGACAUCUCAAAAUUUGGCACAGUGGAUUAUUGGUUCCGAUUGAAAGUUCCCAUGGAUCAAGCAAUUCGACUUUAUCGAGAACGGGCAAAAGCAUUGGGCUAUUUAACGUCAAAUUUUAAGGGACCAGAGAAAACACAAAUGCUAAGCCGGCAAGCACCCAGAACUGCUGAGCCCAGUUCUUCCGAGUCCACAGAUGGCAACUUAAACGAGCUUCACAUUACAAUAAAAUGUUGCAGCAACCUGCAGUCCAGAGCAAGCCACCGUCAGCCACACCCAUAUGUUGUGUACAAGUUUUUUGAUUUUACAGACCAUGACACAACCAUCAUUCCCAGCAGCAAUGAUCCAGAGUUUGAUGAUCAUAUGUGUUACCCAGUACCAAUGACUAUGGAUUUGGACCGAUACCUUAAGUCAGAGUCUUUGAGUUUUUAUGUAUUUGAUGAUAGUGAUACCCAGGAUAAUAUUUACAUAGGCAAAGUCAAUGUACCUCUGAUUUCAUUGGCACAUGACAGGUGUAUCUCAGGGAUAUUUGAGUUAACGGAUCAUAAAACACGUCCUGCAGGAGCCAUCCAUGUUAUACUGAAAUGGAAAUUUGCUUACCUACCUCCAAGCGGAUCCAUCCUAAUGGAAGACUUAGGAAAAGUCAUACAUAAAGAAGAAUCAGAAGUGACUCCAAGACUACCUCCAGCACCCUCCCUCGCCACACCGGUCGUGGCACCAACACCUAAACCAAGACAACGUUUGAUAAAACCUGUAGAAAAGAAGGUAUCUUUUGUGGAUAUCACACCAAAUCAGAGUUCUGAGAUAUCUGCUCCUCCUGAAGAUAUGAAAAAAAUUUUACCAGAAGUAAAACAUAAACCAGAAACAGAAAUUAAUAUUCCAACUGUCCCACAUAUUCCUAAGGGUUUUGAAGAAAGUAAUGUAAAUAAGGUAAAAGAGAACAGUGAGAAAAUGCAGCAAGGAAAAGAGGAUGAUCUGUCUUUACUAUCAGAAGGUCAGUUUGCAGAACGAAGUUCGACAUCUGAAGAUGAAACAGAAAUAACUGAGGAAUUGGAACAAGAAGCAGACGAAGAAGACAGAUCAGCUUCUGACAGUGACGAGUGUAUUAUUCCGGCACCUGUCUCCAAGAAUAUCCAACCGCCAUCUGAAAAAAUUCGAAUUGAGAUUAUAGCUCUAAGCCUGACUGAUUCUCGAGUGACUGUAGAUGACACUAUUCAACGACUGUUUGUUGAGUGCAGGUUCUACAGUCUUCCUGCCGAAGAAACACCUGUAUCACUUCCAAAGCCCAAGAAUGGACAGUGGGUCUACUAUAACUACAGCUAUGUGAUCUAUGUGGAUAAAGAAAACAACCAAGCAAAGAGGGACAUCUUGAAAGCCGUACUACAAAAACAAGAGAUGCCAAACAGAAGCAUCCGCUUCACCGUGGUCAGUGACCCUCCAGAGGACGAACAGGAUCUGGAGUGUGAGGACAUCGGCAUCGCCAGCGUCGAUCUGGCCGAGAUGUUUCAGAAAGGGAGCGACAUCGUGGAGCAGGAUAUCGAUGUUUUCGAUGCGCGCUCGCACGGAAAAUGCAUUGGCAAACUCAGGAUAACAGUGGACGCCAUCCAUGCCCUUCGGUCCAUCUCCGAGCAGGACAGAGGUGUUUUGGAAGCUUGAAUGAAGCAGCCCUGGGGCAGCCCCUACUCCUGAGUAAAUACUCCUGAAAAGCCUCGCAGAUGAUGUCUUCGUAAUUAUUCCAGUGUAUAUAAUCUAGAGUUCUUAGGAAGUGGGGAGGGGUGGGGCCUACGUUUGACAUGUUCAAGUCUUGGAGACUUUUCGGUUUAUUUUUCUGUUCCUUCCGUCUUGGUGACUGUCACCCCUGCCGGACGUAACUUCUCCAUGAUGGGCAAAACCUCCUCAGUGAUUCACACCUGCACACUAGCCUGGGAAAGCUGCUUGCCUUCUCAACAUUUUCUUAUGAAGAACUAAGAUACAAUUGCCAAUUUUUUUUAUUAUUAUUUUUCACAGUGCUACUUUUUUUUCUUUUUUAAUUUUUAUUAAUGAAUCACCAUGAGGUACAGUUACACACUUAUGAACUUUCAUGAUUGCAUUUUGUUUACAUCCCUCCACCAGUGCCCAUUCACCUCCACCAAUGUUCCCAGUAUCCCUCCCACCCCCCACAACCCCCCACCACCCCACCCUGCCUCUGCAGCAGGGCAUUCCCUUUUCUUCUCUCUCCUGUUGCCAUUUUUAUUUUUAAUAUGCAAAAAAAGCAUACAUCAUAAAAAAAAACAGAGGCACUGUUAUGUAAUCUUGCACUAAAUGGAAUGCCUGUGAUUAGCCUCAUUAAGAGUUUUAUACUGUGAAGAUUUUAUUAGCAGCAAUAUAUGAAAAUUACUUGGAUUAAUGUGUUAAUCUUCCUCUUUAAAAUGCUAAUAUCCAUUUCCCACACAUUAAAGCUCAGUGUGCAUUUCUUUGAUGCAUGCAGUUUCUAUCAAUUAAAUAUAAAGAAUGAGACUUGAUACCAACUUACUACAUUUCUGCCACUUUUUGUUUUUAAAAUGAGAGUUUUUCUACUUGUCUUAUUUUUGUGUAUUUUCAAUGCUCAUAUGGAAUUCAGGGAUAUUGUGCUUUUAUAUAUAGAGAGAGAGAAGUAAUUAAAUAUAUAUACAGAAAUUUUUACUUUGAAUAUUUGGCAUGAUCUAUAAAUUAUUAAAAAUAUGGGUCAAACUCUGAUAUGUUUAGCUAGACCUGAAAGAAAUGUCUUUUUAUCUUUUUUAAAAUUUACAUCAGGCUUAUCCAAUACUGGAGUGUAUCUGGAUAACCAGAUCCUCAAAAAGCGGCUCAGAAAGUUAAUUUUCUAGCUUUUACCCAAUCUCACUGAAGGAUUUAAUUGAUAUUUUUAAUGGAGCUGUGAAUCAAUGCUGCAAAGGAAUUGUCUCUAGAGGUCUAGGAUAUAAUACAUUUCAUUUUUUAAUUUACUUUUUUAUUUGUCAUUUUCUUCAAAGGAUUUUUAUAGGCUGUGGGUUUUCACUGUUUGCAAACAGGCUAUGUUCCUUCUUAAGCAUAUGUAAAGUAUUCAGGGAGAUAAGUAAUUUAUUAAAAUCUACCUAAUUUGCCGUGAUAUAUUAAAUCUCUGCUUCAGUGAUCACAGACCAUUUCAUUUAGAGAAUUAGGCAUUCCCUCUUUGUGUGAUUAAAGCUCUGGAAAAUGAGUUCUUUGCUCCUAUUUGUGAACAUUCAAAGCCUGCUAAUGGCAAGAAGAUGGAAUAGAUUAUGAGACAAUUCAUUACAGUUCAACAGAAAAAAAAAAGGAGCUAUAAUGCAAAAAUGCAAGUAUGAAUAUCUGCAUAUAGUUUGAACCAUCUGUGCUCUAAUGGCUUCAAUAAUGACUCUCAUCUUUAGGAGGCUUUGAAAUGACAUCCGUACAAUAUUAAUUUGUUGAUGUACACUGUGGAACCAGUAGAGUAGGAUACGACCACAGAAAUCUACAAAUUCUGUCUCACCGGGCCUCCCUGUCUGGGACCUACCAUCCCCAAGAAGAAUCUUGCGCUCAUCAGACUCUGCAAAUCUUCCUAACAACUCAUGCCUCUGGAACCUUCUAGAGACCACAAACAUCUGCAGACUAAACCUCUCCAAUCCUAGUAAACAGCCACAUGUUUGUUGUCACUUCAGCUGGCUCUGAGCUCAUCUUUUUGGCCUCUCCUUCUAGCUUUCUUUGGCUUUAUGCAGUUACAGUAUCAUUAAGGCCCAUAAUAUCCCCUGCCGUAAUUUAAAACAGCCGGAUUAUACACUGGGAUUAACUGAGUGGUUUUUGAGACAUUUAUUGUGGUAUGCUCCCAGGAGGUUUGUAUUAUUGUUUUGAAAUGUCACAUCCCAAACUGAAUGUACACUUUCUGAAAGGAGGGGAACCGAGGAGCACUCGUUUCUUGUGAUCUUUCAAUGGGACAGGGGCAUUUUUGUCAGAAAACCUGUGAGAGUUAGUCCACGCUGUGGAAUGUAUACCUCAGAUUAGAAUCGAGAGUGAGCCAUAUGUAUGUUUUCUCUGGGUUCUCCAAGAAUAGAUUAUUAAAGAUUCCUCUUCUCGUUGUAAAACACUCCACAUCAUCUUCUCAGAAUUCACUUUCUAGGCAACCCAAUAGCUACUGACACAUUUUGAGGCCGAGAGGGGCUGUUGAAUGAUUGUUAAAUGGAUGCUUCCAUCGGGGACCAGGACCUGUCCAAGGAGAGAACCUUGUUUUGCCUUGUGUUAACCAGAGUUCAUUGGAAAGUUCACCACCUUUGGGUUCCAGAGCAAGGGUUUUCUCUCAGUGAGCCAAGCCCAAUCCAUUCAGUAGAGCAAGGCAGCAGGGGGCCGGGGGUGGGGGACUGUCAGCAGUGGCCUUGCCGCACAAAUACGCCAGUUAAAGAUAAUGCUUGUGUGAACUCAGAGCUCCUGGUGUAAACGUUUACAGUGCACUCAGCAAUUUUUCAGUCUGUAAUGCUUUUAGUUUGGAAACAUAAAUAGAGAUGUGAUGUGGUAUGUGGGCGAGUGUAUUUUACAUGUAUUUUUGCCUACUGUACUAGAAAUGUCAAAUUCCCAGCCACUGUCAUGAGAAGCAGUUGACAAAAAUAAGUUUUAUGGUUUAUAGUGUGGUUUACGUAGAGAACAUUUCUCUUCACUCUCGGUUUCAACAUGUUUUCUAAAUUAUUAUGGUUUAUUGCCGUUUAACUUAAAUUAGUUUUUUUUAAGAAUAAAUAGGGAAUAUAUUUAAUCAAAUAAAGAACAGUCACAUUGAAAUUCUGCUAUUCCUACCAUUCAUUUGUUACCACAAAGCACAAAUAAUUUCUGUGUGUUAUGAAGAAGUGUGGGCUGAGAAGUGGUCAUGUGAUUUGGGAGGGUUCUGCAUAUGCCCAUGUUCCCACAACAAAACAUAAAUUAUUUUAGUAAUCUGACAUCAAGAGCUGUGACAAUGAGAACCACUUCUUACACAUGUUCUAACAAGAGGCUGAUUAACAUUUUUGUGGAUAUGGAAAAUAACUUUUUUUAGUCAAACUGGCACUAUUGCUGAAUUUAGAAUGAUUUCCUUAUGUACUAGGCAGCAAAUGUGAAUCAUGGCUGUGAACAAAUAGGAGAAUAAAAUUUCAUCUUUGUGUAGUACAAAACAACCAAGCGAGAGCUUUUGGGAUAUAGAAUUAUCAAGUGAUUGACAAUAUCAGGAUGAUAAUUCAUAUCCAACUCUAGGAGUACAUUCUAAUAAGUCACUCAUGCCUGAAGGCCUCUGACUACCUUAACAAAGAAAAACUAAGCCUAUGAUUUAUUACAGAUCGGGCAACAUGCCUAAUUAAGUCCAUGAAUGGGAGCAAACACAGCUUUACAUCCCUUUGUUUGCAACAAAAACAACAUCCAGGGCCCCAGAAAGCUGAAAACAUUUCAAAGCUAUUAGAAAUAAGUAUUUCAAAAACUGAAAAUAGAGAAUCAGAAUUUUUUUUCUCAUCCUAAUAUCUUUUACUUUGCAAAACAGUUUUUCCUUCCCUUUCAAAGUGUCGCUUUAGUGUACCUUACAGCGGGUCAUAGGAAAUGGUGCCCACUCUUACUGUGCCACCCAUCCUUGCCCACAUUGCAUGGACUCCUGUCACUGUCACUGUCAUCCCAUUGUUCAUCGAUUUGCUCGAGCGGGCACCAGUAAUGUCUCCAUUGUGAGACUUGUUGUUACUGUUUUUUGGCAUUUCGAAUACGUCACGGGUAGCUUGCCAGGCUCUGCCGUGCGGGCGGGAUACUCGUAGUAGCUUGCCGAGCUCUCCAAGAGGGACGGAGAAAUCGAACCCGGUCAUCAGCGUGCAAGACAAAUGCCCUACCCGCUGUGCUAUCUCUCCAGUCCAUGGACUCCUGUAUGGAACCAUAUUUCUUCUUCGGUUUUUCUGAAACAAGCACUUGCCCUCUCAGCGCCAGAACGCAAGCACAUGUCUCUACUGAACACGUUUAGGUUUUCCCUCUGCUCUUUAGUCUCUUCCUGUUUCCUUGUUCCAUCUUUCUCUGCAGCAUGGUUAGAUAUGCUUUUAAAUCAAACUCGGCAUUGGAUCUUUCAGUUUCUGUCAUCUGUACUGUUGGCACUUCUGUUCAGCUGAACGUCUCUUCCCCAGCAACUGGGGCAGCCCCCGUGACCUUUCUAAAGUGCCCCUUUGUGUGACGAAGUCUCUUAGUUUGAAACAACAGGGACACUCUCAGUCAACCUGUGUGAAACUCAGGAGAUAACCAGGUGCUUGUGAAGCCUUCCUGCUUGUGCUUUUUUCACAAUGACUUCACCGUAAAAGAUGGAAUUCAGAGUUUCCAGGAAUCUGUUAUAGUGUUAAAGCAUGAAGAGCGAUAGCAUAGCGGGUAGGGCGUUUGCCUUGCAGGAAGCCAACCCAGGUUCGAUUCCUCCGUCCCUCUCGGAAAGCCUGGGAAGCUACCAGAGUAUUCCGCCUGCACGGCAGAGCCUGGCAAGCUCCCCAUGGUGUAUUUGAUGUGCCAAAAACAGUAACAACAAGUCUCACAAUGGAGAUGUUACUGGUGCCCGCUCGAGCAAAUUGAUGAAAAAUGGGACAAUAGUGACAGUGAUUUAUUUAUUAGCAUGUUGUGUUGCCACUGAUUUUUAUUUUCAGUGUGAAUAGGUACUUCAUUGUGAAGUACCUAUUUUUUUAAGUUGAAUCACUGUGAAUUACAAAGUUACAAAAAUAGUUAUGACUAAGUUUCAGGCUCUUAUUGUUCCAACACCAAUCCCGUUACCAGUGCCCACUAUUCUCCACCUGUGUCCCAGUUUCUCUCCCAUCCCAACCCCCAGCCUGCCUCUGUGGCAGGCACUUUCCCCUCCCCCAUUGUCCUAGUGUUCCCUUCCCUAAUGUGACUUUUUUCUUUCCUUUUAAUAUGGAAAAGACAGUUCUACAAACUCUUUACUUCUCUUUUCUUCUCUCUUUUUUUUUAAGUUUGGGGCCACAUCUGGUGGUGCUUAUAAGCUACUCCUGGUUUAGUGCUCAGAGAUCUCCCCCCAGGGUGCUCUGCAGGACCGUGUAGUGCCAGGGAGCAAACCCAGAGCCCUGUUAUGCAAUGCCUGCCCUCAGCCUGGUGCAUUAUUUCCCUGGUUCUACAAACUUUUCUUAAUUUGUAAGUGGGGGAAGUAAGUAUGAGUCAGAUCAGAAGCCCACACUAGGGCGAAACAAGGCAGAAUUCUAGUGGUGAGUGAACAGAAAUAAGAUCAACUGAAAUUCCCCCACCCCCCCCCUUCCAGAAGAAGCCCAUCCUAAGUGUGUGAGUCCGGGAACAGAUCUGAAGACCAGUGGGUCAGCAUGCUGGCCACAGGGCUCGCAAAAGAAAGGGGAUUAGAAAGUGAAUGGAAGCAGAGGGACACUCACUGCAAAGACGCCUCUUCUGAAGAAGGGGCAGUCACUCUUCAAGACAUACGAGCGAGAAGAAAUCACAAGUCCUUCAAACUAUGGACCCCAGAGAAACAGAUGAUAUUAAAUGUGAUGUAGCAAUAUCUCAAAAGUAUUGAGCCCACACGGCAGAGCCUGGCAAGCUACCUGUGGUGUAUUGGAUAUGCCAAAAACAGUAACAAUAAGUCUCUCAAUGAGAGACGUUACUGGUGCCCAUUCGAACAAAUCGAUGAGCAAUGGGAUGACAGUGACAGUGACCCUAGCAAAUGACUUACAUUUACUCAGUGAUGUAUGUCAAUUAUUUCUGUUAUAUUUGGUUACUACAGCUAGAGAAGGGAAAAAAAGUCUUUGUCUGGAUUAUAUAUGAAAGCAUGCACGUUAUAUGCAUGAAAUGUUUGAAAACAAAAUUCCACUAGUUAACUAGAUAGUACCAAAUCACUGCAAAAAAUCUGGGAACAGAAAAGCAUGGGGUGAGGCAAGCAUUGGGGCUGAAUUUCUCAAGGAAUCUGCUAUCUGAAAGCGUGAAAAAGAGGCUGAGGAGCUGUGCCAAGCUUUUGGGGCACUCCUCGGAAAAACCAUGUGCCCUCUGGGAAUAAAUAUUUGGGAUACCCUAGAGAGUAUCCCUACAUCUUUUCCCUUUUUUUUUUUUUUUUUGUUUUGGGGCCAUAACUGACUCAGGGCUAACUCCUGGCUGGGCACUCAGGCUGAAGAGCUCACUCUGUACAGGCUCGGGGGACGUCCCGGGGUGCAGGAAUUGAACCCAGGUUGACCAUAUGCAAAGUAAGUGCCCUAUCUGCUGAACUAUCUCUAGCGCCUCAAUUCCUACCUCUUUCUGUACAGGGUUUGAGAUGUGUACUGUUUGGGGGAGUGGGGUUGGGUUUGGAGACCCACCCCAACAAUGCUCAGGGACUUCUCCAGCUUGGUACCAAGGUAAUUACUCCUAAAGUAAAAUAUAGUUCAAUGAUUCUUAAUACAUUCACAGAGUUAUGCAGCCUUCACCGAAAUAAAAUUUACAUUGUCCUCCCUUGAAAAAGAACUCACGAGCACAGAGCCCUUCCUCUCCAUUCCCAGCGUCUUCAGCCCCAGCCUCAGCUCACCACUACUCUAUUAUGUGGCUUUGUCGAUUUGCCUCUUCUCCACAGCACACCAGUGGAAUCUUACACUCUGUGGUCAUGCAAGUGACAUCGUUGGCAUCACUGAAUGUUCUCAGGGUCCAUCUAUGUUGCAGAAGGCAUCAGUGUCCUAUUCUUAGGGCUGAAGACAGCCACACAUGGUUUCAUGAUGGGACAGCAAUUCUGGGGAACAUAUUUAUCAUUGUGAAAAUAUCAUAGAGCUUAUUUAGACAAAUCUAAUGAUGUAGCCUGCUCCAUAUCCUAGGAUCUGUUUCAGGACUGCAUGGCAACUGCACUUGUAUAUGUGAUGUGUCAUUAGUCAAAUAUCAUUAUGUUGUGCAUGUCUAUACUACCCUUUAUUUAUGAGUUGGUGGGAAUUUGCAUUUUUUCUAUUCCGGGACUCGUAGAAAUAAUGCUAAUAUGAAAUUUUGGUGUCAGCUUUUGUAUGAACAUUUUCAUUACUCUUGAGUAUACACCUUGGGAUGGGAUUUUAAGUUGGAUAAUAACUCUUUUAAUUUUUUUGAGGAAUUGACAUAUUUCCAAAGUGAUUGUAGCAUUCUCCAUUUGUAGAUUUUGAAUUUUGGAGCUAUGUGAUAUUUAUUCAAGAAAAUAAAAUUUAUUUUCAGUUUUUA